GACAUAUUCUGUCGAUGUUAUGCUGUGUGGCGUUCAAUAUGUUUCGAAACUUUUGAUAAUAAUUAAACAUUUUAACGAAUAUUCUUGUGAUAAACCAAGAAUCUAGAGCACAAGUAAUGUUCACACCAAGAUGACAGAGGAAGAGACAGUUGACAUCGAGCAGGAGCUCCAAAACCUGUUGACCAAAGUGCAGCCGAACCUUCAAGACGUUAUCAAAAGAAGUUUUACCAAUGUUGCGCUACAACAGACUAAAAAUGGAGAACAAAUUAAGGCUGAUACCCUGGAAGAUACCUCAUACUUUGCCAAAAAUACACAGGUGAACCUCUCACGGCUAGAGCUAGUCAGACCACCAACCUUCCACAUGCAGGCCUUAUCGUUAGACUUGAAAUCAAUGGCUCUUAUGUUACGUUGUUCUCUCGGUGAAGUAAACGUAAAAGGACUUUAUAGUGCAUUUAACGAGAAUCUAUUCAAUCUCAUACCUGUCAUGGCUGAAGGACAUCUUCUUAUGACAUUAUCAAACUUGACUGCAGAUGUCAGCGUUGGUUUGGUGCUAGAAGAUGAUGCCUUCUCAUUUGUUAAUCCUGGAAUAGAAUUUAAUCAUGAUGAAGUGGUUGUGAAGUUGUCAUGGCCCUCACCACAAAGAGGCGGAGGAUAUGAAUUUACGACUACAGAGCAGUUGGCAAGACAUAUUGAUGACCUACCUCUUACCGCAGCGAUUUCUCUCUCCCUGUUCGCGUUACUCCGACAGAAGUUGCAAAGACAUUUGAGCCAAGUGCUGCGCCAGGCCACCAGCGUCUCUGACGUCAUGUGCUGCAACCCUAGCAUGCUGGAAGCUUACAGCUCAAUGGUAGAGCAACUGGCGCAGAACGGCAACAGAGUGGUGGACAUGGUGCUCAUCAACAUGCGGCGAACCUUACUGCAGACCUGUCGGGAGGUGCUCGAACUGCCCCCGUUACAUGCCACUUUUAUGCACAAGAUAGGAUCGAUAUCGUUCAUAGGCAAACUGGAGACCGACACGGGCUGGCUCAAGAACUUGGCGACCGUGAACCGCAUCAACGACGUCAGCGUCACGCGCCCCGACCCCAUGAAGACCAGCUUCCAUGUCACGCUGAGGAUUAAGGACUUGCAGAUCGGCUAUGACGAGUACCGUAUAAAAGCGAUGGGCGUAUCAUGCACGGGGCGAGUGGAAGCCGCCUUCACCAACAACGCGAUACACAUGGCCAUCAGUGUGGGCCUCACGCGCUGGGAGCCUUACGCGCAGCUGGACGACUUGAGGGUGCAGUAUAUGGAUGGCAUGGACCUCCACGUGAGCGGGCUGGGUCCGCUGAGCGGGCUGGCGGGCGGCGUGCGCGCCUGGACGCGCGGCGCGGCCGUCGCGCACGCCGCGCCCGCUCUCGCUGCGCAGCUGCAGCACGAGUUGCACACGGCGCUGGCCGAGCUGCAGCUGUGGGAGCUGCUGCACGGGAAACAGUAGCUUACUGACUAGAGGAUAGAGUUCAAUAUUGAGCCCAGCAGCCCUUCGACCGCGUUCUUUCUUGGUGUGCUACUGCACGGGAAACAGUAGCUUAUUGUCUCGAAGAUAGGAUUUAAAAUCCAGCCUAGCCCUUCAACUACAUCC